CGCCGGGAGCCGGGAAAGGCCCGGGGUCUUUCUCCGCUUCACAACGAAAAUCCCCGCCGAGGACGAGGCUCAAAGCCUUAGGCCUCGUCAACGCCAUGUCUGAGCAACGUGCGGGUGAUCGGAGCCCCUGUAGAAAUGGCCUGGGAAAAACUGAGGAUAGUUUGCAUCCAAGAAACCUGAUCCCAGAACUUUGCCGACAAUUUUAUCACUUGGGAUGGGUUACAGGGACUGGUGGUGGAAUAAGCAUGAAAUGUGGCAAUGAGAUAUUUAUUGCUCCCUCUGGUGUCCAAAAAGAAAGAAUUGAGCCUGAAGAUAUGUUUGUGUGUGACAUUGAAGAACGGGACAUCAGUGGUCCGCCACCACACAAGAAACUAAAGAAAAGCCAGUGUACACCACUUUUUAUGAACGCUUACACCAUGAGAGGAGCAGGGGCUGUCAUCCAUACUCACUCCAAAGCUGCUGUAAUGGCCACCCUUCUCUAUCCAGGAAAUGAAUUUAAAAUUACUCAUCAAGAGAUGAUAAAAGGAAUCAAGAAAUGUACCACAGGAGGAUACUUCAGAUAUGAUGACACCUUAGUGGUUCCUAUUGUCGAGAACACACCAGAAGAGAAAGAUCUGAAGGAGAGAAUGGCCAAGGCAAUGAAUGAGUAUCCAGACUCUUCUGCUGUGCUGGUUAGGCGUCAUGGAGUUUACGUUUGGGGAGAAACUUGGGAAAAGGCCAAAACAAUGUGUGAAUGUUAUGAUUACCUCUUCGAUAUUGCAGUACAAAUGAAGCAGCAUGGACUUGAUCCUGCUAUAAUUCCAACUAAAGAAAAUGGGAUUGUUUGAUAUAUUGAUGCUUUUUUCCAAGAUGACGCUAAUGUUUUGAUGAAAUAUUAUCCAAGGGCUUUUUUAGGCUUUAUAUCUAAACAACUAGAAGAGUUUUCAAAAUACAUACUUACCAGUUUUGUGCCAUGUCGUAACCAAAUGUAAACAACUUCAGUCUGUUAAAAUCAAUAAUGACACAGAAGACAGUUUGGAGUUUCUGUUAUAUAUUAUGCAAGAUCUUCCCUUUUUCAAAAGUGUUGUAGUAAUGAUCUUUUCCACUGUUUCUUUCUCAUAUGUGGUUUUCCUCAGUUAAUUUAAAAUUGAUGUCUGCACAAAGUAGAAAAGUAUCCCAAUGUUAUAUAUAUUUGAAAAGGAAUGAAUACUGUCUUAAAAUGAUAUGUGAAAAUGGAUAGCAUAGUUCUGAGGGCCACAAAAAUGACCUUGGCAUACAUAAUAAUGUACAUUUAGAACAGGAUUUUUUUUAGACCCCAGAAAAUAAAAGAAAAAGAGAGAACUGUACAUCCUCCUAUGUAGCUGAUUUUAACCCAAAAUCUAGGUUGAUCUUUAUUUUCUGAGAACUAGAAGACUUGUUUAUUUUUUUCAACCUUAAAGUGACCUUCUGUUCAUUUUUGGUGGCAUAUGGGUCCUGGGGCCAGAGAAAUGGCCCUUUCAUCCCUGCUGAUCUCUAAUGGGUGUUAUUACAUUUCCAUUCACAAAAUGCAGUUCAAAAGUGUAUAGCCAAACCAUAAACCAUACUACAUGGUCAAAACACACAAAAUGCAAUUUAAAAAGUACACAACAGGCAAUCAACCGUACACUGAUUGUAAAACAAGGGGAGAAUAAAACACAGCACCUCUACAGCUAUCCCCUGGGCCAUUGUCCCUUCAGUUGGGACCAUAACACCUCUCCAUGCUAGACAAUAAACCACCCCCAUAAACCACCCCAUGCCAAAACCAGUCAACGCGUGAGCUCAGGAGACUACAAGGGAGUGCUGUCCCAUUGCUGCUGGACAAAAUCUUGCUGCAGAGCAUGUAAUAAGGGAGUCUUGAUCAGAAAGAAGUGGCUUGAUGUAAAAUUCAUCUGAUCUCCCUGGAUAUCUGAGAAUGAUUGGGCUCAGGAGGUGCGUAGAUCUCCUAGAAUCCCCAGCCUAUAUUACUAAUGAUAGUGGAUGUUGUAGUUCAAAACUUUUGGAGCACCAAAGAUGUGCCACCUCUGCCUUAGAGCUUGCUUCAUCAACACAAUCAACUAAUAAUUUGAUGCUCUUUUAUACUGACAUGGGAAGUAACAGUAAAUAUAGAAAAUGAUUUGCUUAAAUACUGUGGAAUAAAGAUAGUUAUUAGUCCCAAUCAGAGUAGAUCAAUUGAAUCAAUGGGAUUUACAUAUACGUUGAUUUAUGAAAUUCCCACUAUUUAGUGAGCCUACUCUUGUUGGCACUAACAAAUUUAGGCCUCUCUGUUCACCAGCUGUAUAAAUUUCGGCUUACAGUAUUAAACAAUUUAACUGUGUCCAGAAAUGAUGCAGGAAAGAUCUAUUUUCCUUUCAACAAAGUUAUUCAGUCCCUGGCAUAAAUUUUGUGCCAUUUUUUUCACAACAUGUUGUCCUGUAUUUCAUACAGACUGUAUAAUGACAUGUGUAAAUUGUAGGAACUAUACUCAUGACAUGAGUUUUGAAUUCCAGGUGGCAUGCAUGUAUUCAUAAGCAUUUUCUAUUUUACCAGAACUUUAUAACUCUGGUAUGAUCUUUCAAAAGGAACCUGAAGGCUCAAAGGAUUUAUGAGGUUCCUUUCUGUUCCACAGUUGCGUUGCUACAAGAUCCAGAUGAAAUACUGUGGUGGGUUUUGGUUUUUUAAGGUAGUAAACCAAAUAAUGUUCUUGUGAGAAAGCAUCUCUAUCAAUUAGAGCCCAUGUGACUUGGUUCACUGGUUCCAGUAGUCCCUGAGACUAGUUCAAGACUAACCAUAAGAGAUUUUGCUUCUUUAAGAGAAGAGAAUGCUUUCACACUUAAUCAAUUUAAUUUGGGCAUCUCAAAGGAAUUCCAGUUACGAAGGGAUAGUCAAGAUCUAGUGAAAACCCAUGAUAUAGAAAGUCCACAAAUGUAAACCAGUCACCAGAUUACUUGUCUAGAUUGUCUUGCUUAAACGUAUUUGGCAUAUGGGCAAUACUUAUUAAAACUACCUUUAGUUCUCAGAAACUAAAGGGAGCUGCCCAUGUUCAUCAUAUUCGGCAACAUUUUCAAAUUCAUGACUGCUAAGUAAUGAGGCUGGUCCUAAGGCACACAGCCUUUAAAUGGGUUCAACCUACACAGAAAAUUGGGAAACCCGGCCCCCUGGCAGGUUAUAUUUUCAUUAUUGCUUCAGUGAUGUAUUAAAUGCAUUAAUGAUUUUCC